CUUCCACGUAAAAAAUGGCGGACUGCAAGGAGAACAAAGAAGAGACAAAUAGACCAUCGUACGUUUUAAAAGUAGAUCCACCGCAAGAAUCACCAGGAGAUUCACCUGAAAAUUCCACCAGUGAAGAAAUGGAGAGUCCAUCAACAGAAAAUAAUACUCAGGAAUCACCAUCUAGUUCUAAUAAACCUGUGUUAGCUGCCUCAAAAUUUGGAACAUCAUUUGGAAGUAGUGAUUCCUAUAAAUCCUUAGUUAAAAAAAAAAGAUCUUUCACAUUGUGGCCUUCUCAAUUGAGCACAGUGACAAACAAUCAACCUACUACUAAAGUAUAUUUACAACCAGCUAAAUUUCAGAAUCCAUUUGCAAAAAUUACAGAUAAUUUUUUAGAUGAAAAGAAUAACAUAGCAAAAGAAAAUAAUAAAACAGAAACAAAGGAAGAAAAAAAUGAAGAAAAAGAAGACACAAAUGAGAAAGCAAAUGAUAAAAAUGAAACAGAAGAAACUAAGAGUGAAUUAAAAGAAAUUCAAAAUGAAGUAAAAGAAACAAGUGAAAAAAAAAUAGUUGAGGAAACAAAACCUACUUUUUUGAUGUUAGGAACAAGCACAAAGGAUAAUGUAAAUACUACAGUAACGCCUUGUGCCUCAGAACCAAACUUUGUGUUUGGUCAGAAUCUCCAAGAACGUGUUAUGAUUGCAAAUGACGCAGAAAAUUCUGAAAAAACAGAAACUGAAGAAAAAAAAGAAGAGAAAAAAGAAGAAAGUACAAAUGAAAAUGGUUCUACAGAGCUUCUUUUUUCAAACGCAUCCGCAGCGUGUCGUACUACCUCCAAACCAGGUUUAACAUUAACAGAAGCAGCUCAAGAAUUAGAAGAAGCAAAUCGUGCUAACAAAAGAAAAUAUAGCCAAAUAACACCAUUAACUGGUGAAGAAGGAGAGACAAAUAUUCUACAAAUUAAUUGUAAAUUUUUUGCAUUUGACAAGGCAAGUGGUGGUUGGCAAGAAAGGGGUAGAGGUACUUUGCGAUUAAACGAUCGCGAUGAAGAAUCUCGUUUAGUAGGACGUACUGCAGGAACGCAGAGAUUAAUUAUGAACACAAAAAUAUGGCCAGGAAUGACCGCAGAACGUGCAGCACCUAAAUCAUUAAGAUUAACAGCAAUGGAUGUUCAAGGCAGUAUCAGAAUCUUUAUUGUACAGGCUGCGCCUAAGGAAGUAGAACAACUUCAUAAUUUAUUACAACAGCGGUUAAAACGCGCACAGGAACGACAGCCUAAGAAACUAGCAACAGAGCACUGACAACUGAUUAGUCGUCCCUGCGAGCUGUUCGCUAAUUAUUAUCUAAAUUUACGCAAUACGGAGAUUGCUAACAUGUGAAAAAAUCCGGGAAUCUAUAAUAUCGGAGCUCAUCCGAGAAUCUAUAUCAGGUCCUAUUUGUUUCUAGAAUAACUCGUAUAAAAUAGAACUAUGGCUAUGAUUCGCUUCUUUGCCUGUGAAAGUUCUUAGAACUUGAUAAUAUAUCCCAUGCCAUAUUGAAAUCUACAGGCAAAUGAAACAAAGAAGACGAAAAAAAUGAAAUCGAAUUCUUUCCGGUAUAUAUUUUCUAAUCAUUCCCAAUUCAUAAUUCUUCUUUUACACGGAUUUCAAACAGCGCUUUU